CUGUAUCCCUCCGCCGGGCAGUGCAGUUCGUAAUGGGGUUGCUAGGUAACGCGCGUAUUAGAAGGUGUGCUUCGGUUCGGCGUAUUAAUAUGUAAAUUAGCCGUUAAAUUAGCUUUUUUUUCUUUUUUUUAAGCGGCUAAUUUCACCAAAAAUUCACCAAAGUUGAGACCAAAACUUUUUAAAUCACUUCCUCUGUUACCAGUCCGUCAGAAUACAGCAGGUGAGCGGCACAGCAGGAUGCCGGCUACGGAGGGGGAAUUGUCAGCUCUUGUCCUGCUGGCUGUUGCCGUGGUGACUGGUGUGGAGAUAAUAGCAGUUAAUGAGAUAUUAACCCCUGAAUGAGGAAGAAGACGCGAAGUGAUGAGCGCUUGCAGGAAAGACUAAAGACGGGAUUCGUCAAUGGAUGACCUCGGCCUGAUCAAUAUCGUCGUGUUGUUCGGCGUCGGUAACAAGCAGCGUGACCCCCGUCCCUCUGAGACCGGCGAGCAAAUAACCACAAUCAAAGGACGGCGCCAGCGAGCGGCCUCCUCCCUCGUCUCCUCUCCUCUCCUCUCCGAGUCCUUGCACACCGGUCUCGUCAUCCUGGAGGUUCAAAGAUGAAGAUUGUUGUGAGUGACCUUGUCUUGAAGCUGGAAAAUGGAGCAAAGGAUGGAUUCAAACCUGCAACCUUCCAGGCAGAUUACCAGCGUCCACAUCCUCUUCACUGCCGGCUGUCCACAAACCUGGAGAAGCGUACGAAGAAAGGCCAAAGAACGACGGAUAGGAAGAGAAGAAAAGUGAGACUAAAAUAAAAAAACAACGACCCCCAGGUCGACAGAGGACCAUGUUUGUCCCCCUGCCGGUCCCCUUCGUCUUUCAGAGAACAGCGUCCGACUUCAGCGCCUGGAGACUCAAGUCCUCGCUGGCUCCGCGGUCCAGCCCCGAUAUCAGGAUGUCGAAAGCAGAGGAGGAGAAGCCUGGGGCUGAUUAUCCAGGGGACAGUUCAGACUCUGACAGAAACAGCCCUGAUGACCAGGUCCAGCCAAUGAAAACCAGCCCCUACAGCCUCUCUCCCACACCGGCUGGCACCAAGGGAAAGAGCGAGGAGAGCUCUGAGAUGAUCCACAGCACCGUCGCUCCUCCUGCACCGCCCUCCCAACAACAACAACAGCAACAACAGCAGCAACAACAACAGCAGCAACAACAACAGCAGCAACACCACCACACACAGCUGAUGCUGGCCGGCAGUCAGCUAGCAGGGCUUGCCGCUCUCCUCCCGGCUCAGCAGCAGCUGCUCCUCCAGCAGGCUCAGGCUCAGCUCCUGGCAGCCGCCGUUCAGCAGUCCAACGCCGCCCAUGCCGCGCACGCUGCGCACGCCGCUGCGCAGCAACAAGCCAACCAGCAGCAGCAGCAACAGAAUCAAUCGCAAUCCCAGCAACAGCAACAGCAGCAAGCCAAACAAGAGCAAAGCGUCCAAGCUCCGCCUCCACCGCAACUGGCCCUGUCACAGCCAAUCCAGCUCACGGCGCAGGACAUCCAGCAGCUGUUGCAGCUCCAGCAGCUGGUUCUGAUGCCCGGUCAUCAUCUCCAGUCUCCGGCCCAGUUCCUCCUGUCUCAGCCAGCACAGGCACAGCAGCAGCAGCAGGGUUUGCUCUCGACACCAAAUCUGAUCCAGCUACCUCAGCAAAGCCCAGGGGGACUCCUGACAACGCCACCUCGCCUGGGACUCCAAGCACAGAGGGAGAAGAGCAGUGAUGUUGUGGUCGGUGGAAGCAGCGGCGGCGGCGGGGGCUCUAUUGUCGGCACUGGCAGCAGUGGCGUUGCCGUUGUGACGUCUGUAGGAGCUACCUCUGCGUCCAGCAGUGCCAUCGCUUCCUCGCUGGCAUCCGGCUUGACUCCCGGAGGUCACGGGGGUCACAUGGGGGAAGAGCCCAGCGACCUGGAGGAGCUGGAGCAGUUUGCCCGCACCUUCAAACAACGACGCAUCAAGCUGGGAUUCACCCAGGGAGACGUCGGCGUUGCUAUGGGCAAACUGUACGGCAACGACUUCAGCCAGACCACCAUCUCCCGAUUUGAAGCACUCAACCUGAGCUUUAAGAACAUGUGCAAGCUGAAGCCGCUGCUCGAGAAGUGGCUGAGUGACGCAGAAACCAUGGCAGUGGACAGCAUGCUGCCCAGCCCGUCUUCUCUCUCCUCCCCCAUGUUGGGCCUCGAGGGUCUACCCGGCCGACGCAGGAAGAAGCGCACCAGCAUCGAGACCAACGUGCGAGUGGCUUUAGAGCGCAACUUCAACGCGAACCAGAAGCCUACCUCGGAGGAGAUCCUGCUCAUGGCGGAGCAGCUCAACAUGGAGAAGGAGGUGAUUCGUGUUUGGUUCUGCAACCGCAGGCAGAAAGAGAAACGUAUCAACCCCUCCAGCAGCACCACCCCUCCCCUGCCCACCCAGACCUCGCCUGUUGUGACGCACAAAGCCUCCUGCUACAGCCCGCACAUGAUAUCGAGUCAUGGUCUGUCCCAGGUCACCACCAGCCUCAGCACAACAGUGACAUCAAACCAGCUACAAGGCAUCAAUAUCCCUCUUCUCCUCGCAGCCGCCAGCUCGUCACCUUCAGCGUCCUGCCCCAUGACUCCGGUCAGCUCGGCCGCCGUCGGCUCCUCCUCCUCUGCUGUGACCCCGCCUCCUCAUAGCACAGCAAGCCCCGCCCCGUCCAGCCUGACCGCCCACGGGCUCAGCACCGGGAACACAAUGAUGGGAGUAAGCACAGGGAUGAACCAGGCCCUCAUUGGCAGCAAUCCCCUGGCUACCAUGCAAGCCUUGGCGGCCAGCAGUGGUCAGCUGCCCAUCUCCAGCCUCGAGGGGGCGGCGGGUCACAUGCUUCUGGGCGGACCCGGUGGUGCCGCUUCCCUCCGCCAAUCCCUCUUCCUCAACCGCCCCACCCUCCUCCCCAUGGUGACCUGCUCCAUGGCGACAGCCUCCACACCCGCCAUCGGACUGGUCAGCGGCCCAAGGGCCACCUUCUCCCAAUCUCCGACCUCCGGCGCCAGCAACCUCAUGAGCCCGACCUCGUGCCCCGAGGAGUCCGCUUCUCCAUGUUCAAGUCCCGCCUCUUUCUGUUCCUUCAGCGAAGCCUCGCCGCCGCCCCUGGGAGGGGCCAUGGCCGAGUGAUUCCUGACUGACAGCCAAAGUAUCCUAUCAGAGGAGGGCGAGGAAGAGGAGGAGGAAGAAGAGGAAGCAGAGCGUCGGAGGAGCUUUAAAAAUCUAAAUUUUACAACCUCGCCUUUCAACCAAAGCCAUCUCUCUGUCUGAUCCAUCUCUGAUUUCGUCUCUCUCUUUCUCCGUCUCCCCGCUGAAGUCUUCUGAAGCCAAAAAUAUAAACAGACGGAUGAGGGGAGGAAGCAAAGAGAGAGGGAGGAUGGAGAGGAUAGAGAGAACUGCAGAACGGAGGGGGGGAAUCUGAAACCAAAUAAUGAUCUACAGCUGGAGAGGUGGCACUGAGGAGUGUUUCCGCUUGGCAUCGGGGGGAAACGAACAGAAAAAAAAACUUGCUGAGCGAGGGCAGGGAUGAGAAGCGAAAACUGUGUGUGAGAAGUGGGAGGCGAAGAGAAAAAAAAAAAAAGACUUGUUUAACAAGCUCGGAGGGUCACGUGGUUACGACCAAAUGAAAGAAAGAAAAGAUGCUCAAAGAGGAACACACACCGACAAAGAUGAAAACCAAAAUCUCCAAAUACCAAAAACUGAAAACCAAAAAAAGACAAAAAAACAACAAACGGAGAGAAAAGCUUUAGUUCAAAAAGACUUUGACGUCCUGAUCCAGGAUCAGCUCACCGCUCAUCUCAUGUCAUCUCAGUCAUCGUUCUCGUCUUCAGUUCCAGAUUUAAUAUUUUUCUAUUAUUUUGUACUCAUCGCUGAAGUUUGAUGUUUUACAGCUGAACCCACACGCAGGAUAUCUACCUACCUCUACCAUACAUUACAACAGGCGGUGUUUGUUUUAACCAGCCUGGAGUGGCAGACGGGUGGAGUCCACCACUAGAAUUAACCAAACCUGUAGCGUAAAAACAACUACGUCACCAAACCCGCCCGUCUGGCACGUACACAGGAUCAAACCAACCGUUAGAACAGGUGAACGUUGGUUGUUUAGCUGCUCCACGCUGAUUUUGAACAUUUCUGUCACUGUUAUCUUUAAUGUUCGCUCACACACACACCCAACAGUGUUUAUACUGCCUACACACACACACACACACACACACCACAGGCAGAUGUGGAUUUUUUCAGCAUUAUUUGCCUUCUUUUAUUUAUUAUCGCCCCCCCUCCACACACACACACACACACACCCAUGUCAUCAUCAUGUCAUCUUCCAGACUGCUCAUCUACCGCCAGACAGUCACUCUUGGAUACCAAAGCAUCGCCUCUGGCAGCGUUGUCUCUGGAUUCGCCCGGGAGACGAGUGUCCAGACAAAAAACCUCAGCAGCAGCAGCAGCAGUGUCAAAGGGAAAACACACACACACACACACACACACACACUACAUAAUAAGAAAGAGUCCAAACCAAAAAGAAAAAAAAACCUUAAAAAAAAAGAACAAAAGAAGGAGGUGAAGCACCGGCGUUCCCCUUACUGCCCCCGAACCCCUGCCCUCCAUCCCGCCCUCCCCACCUGCCCCUCUCCUUUGUCUCCAAAGAUCAGAUCAAAGGGCCAAAAGAAAAGAGGAGAAGAAGACGAGGAGGAGAAGGAGAAGCGGUCAGGAACGGAGGAGCCAAAGGUAUGAAAAGCUGCAGGGGGAAAGCAAGAAGAAGAAGAAGGAGGAGGAGGAGGAGGAGGAAGAGGAGCAGGAGGAGGUGCGCUCAGAGCGGCGGACCAAAUAACCAAAAAGUAACCCAAAAAACCAAAAGCUACUACUACUGCUACUAGUUAUGAAUGAGUGACUGAACCGUAACUAAACCAAAUACAAACAAAGAGGGGGUGGCCGAGGGGAGGAGCAGGGGGGAGCGAGGCGCUGUCUGUCCGUCCGUCUUUCGCUGUGAUUGCUGUUCUUGUAUCGACAGACAGAACCGGUUCCCUCCCGCCCCUCGAGCCCGCGACCUCGGCUUUGUUCUCACGUCCUUUCUUUUUUUUUUUUUUUUUUCCUGGAUGGCGAAAAUAUGGAAUAACCUCAACAAAAAAACUGACUUUGAGAAUAUAUAUAUUUUUGUUUUUGCUUUCCAUAGUGUGUCUGUUAAUGAUGUAUGGAUUUGUCUCAUUGCUUUCUACUUAUUAUGCGGCGGGACGGGGACGGGGACGGGAGGGUGGGGAGGUGUUUUUGGCGGCGUGUUGCCUGUUUUCAUAUCUUCUUGGCUCUUCGGUUUGUGCUCUGGGUUCUUUUUCAUUUCUCGUUCACCGUCGUGAAAAUGUAGCUUCCAAGAUGAAAAAAAAAAACAAAGUUUCUUUUUUUUUUUUAGUUUUGAUCCAGAAUUUCGUGAAAAAGCCAAAAGUGAAAAACCAAAAGUGAAACUUUGUAGACAAACAACCAAAUAAAACAAACCAAACCAAUGCACAAGACGUACGAGUGUGUCAGCUGACGUGUGUGUGCAUGUGUGUGUGUGUGAGCAUGUGUUGGUAUAAACCUUAACUCUCUUGCAUACAAACAUAAAACAGACUCUUUCUGUCCCGUAAAACACGAUUCAAAGCUCAAAAACUCUGGAUAUUUUCAACCUGGACCCGAUUUCACAUCCAAACUUUUAACUUACGACUUCCUGUCCGGACGCUGGACUGCAGCAGAUCUGCAAACAGAUACUGAAGAGGUGAAACGUCUUCAAGUCCAGUCGCCCAGAUUAAACUCUCCUCAAAGAAAGAUGACGAGAAUCUUUUAAAAUGUAGUUUUUAGUUUAUUUAUGAUCACAUAACUUUCACUAUUUAUUUUUUAGAGGUGGCGGGCAGCUUCUGAAGCCUGAUCGUACACUAGCAGUCAAAGACGUGCUUCAUUUGACACUUUGAAAAGUUUAAUAACUACGCAUGAAACGUGAAUCAACUCACAGAUCUUAAAACACAUUUGACAUCCCGUGACUCAAAGUUAUAUUUUUAUCACGGUCACGACGUUAUUCGAUUAUACAUCAGGAUGAUCUAAAGUCUGUAAUUUAUUAUUAACACAUGUUGGAAGGAAAUACGUAAUUCAUGAUCUUAGUUAACGUGCUGAAACAUUGCGUCCGCGUUCAGUGAAGCAGCUUCAUGAGGCCCAGGUUGAAAACAGAGUGGAGCUUCCAUGUGACAGACACAGACACUGAAGCGACCGAUGACAGAGAUGAUAUGAGGGAGGGAAGCGUCUGACAGAUUUAGAGGGAAUGUAUCCACUAGUUCUUCUUCUAGGUUUUUGUAGGGGGAAAUAAUCUAUGUUGAACCGCUCUUACUUGUUGCUGAUGUAUAAAAAGGCUGGGACUAUAAUCCUUUGAUGAUGAUGACGACCGAAGACGAUGACUUGAUUUAAGAACCAAAAGCUUUAAAACUCUUUAUCUCUCACGGGCUCUUUGUUGGAAAAAAAAUAUUUGUAUUUAUUGUACGAGGGAGGUGUGUGCUUUUUUCGGGGAUCGGGGGGAACAAACGCUCCGUUUGUAUUUGAACUUCUUUGUCUCUCACCUUGGUUAUUUAUUGAUUCUUUAUUUAUGUAUUUAUUGGAUUCUAUUUAUGUCUUUCUGGAUCUUUGUAAUAGUUUUUUCAGGGUUUGUUGUGAGGCUUGUUACCUGCAGAGUGAGGGGGUGUUCUUGAGAUCAAGACAAGAAGAGAAAGAAGUUGCCAAACGAAUGUUUCAAAGCAAAACCAAACCUAAAGACUGUUGUUACCUGAGACAGAGAGAGAAAGUAGCAGGGAAACUGUGACGGAGGAAAAAAAAGCUCUUUCUCUAUCAGCUCUGUGGGAAAGUUCACGCAGAUCCUGGAGUGUGUGUGUCACUGAUUCAUCACGUUUACGGCCAGAUAUCAGACUGAAGAGUCGACAGGUUGCACCAGCUCUUAGUUCAUUAAGAUUAUUUCAUGUGAGUGUGGCAGCUCAGACUGACGGAGCUGAUGUACAACAUGCUCGACGUAAACUGGAAGUAACAUUUCACACGUUACAAUAACUGAACAUGCAUACUACAAACUGAAACUAUUUCUAAGUCAUACACACAUUUAUUUAUUUAUAGGUUUCAUAUUGAGUCUGGUGUGCCGUCAGUCAUUGGAAAGUAAACUCAGCUGACCAGCUCAGCUUCACACACUCCAAACUGGGUGAACUGGUCGGUGCUUUUCACGUUUCUCGACUCUUCGUUUCAAAUCCAACACUUCUGUCCCGUCGAGUGAGUUUCCUCCGUCCACGUCUCCUCCUCUGCUCUCUGAAAAGCUUUUCUGAUCCCUCUGCUCCGCUUCAGGACGAGGGCUUUAACUCAUACCUCUGAUACUCUGAUGAAAAAACCAAAUAGACAUUCAAGCUUUAAUGACAAAAAAAAAAAAAAGAAAGAAAAUAAAAAAAAAGAUGUGACUUGUCUGAACUCAGGAGUGAGGGAUGUGAAACUGGCCCUAGUCAAAGUUAGUUUGAUGAAGAAGAAACAAAGAUUUUCAGUAACCAGUUUGUUCUUAUGGCUUUAACCUACGAGAUCCACCGCGUGUCCGCUCGAGGACGUGGCUGCGUCCUGUAGAGAGGAAAGUGUGUGUGUACAUUCAACACUGCUGUCGGAGGAAAACACUCGAACUCCAGGUUUAGUGUUUUUACUUCAAACACACGUGCUGGUGUGUUCCUCCACCCUCGGGCACGGACGUCGAACAAAACGUUUAAAAAAAAAAAGAAAAAAUACAAAUUUAUAUUUUUAAGAUUUGUGUUUCGUGUUCUCCGGCAGCAGUGCAGCUCUCGUCUGCAUGUGUGCCUGUGUAGCCCGACUCGGCCGUGGUGGACAGAGAAUAAUACCAAAGUUAAAAAAAAAACUACCACGGCGAGACGCUACACUACAAACACAACACACACACACUCACACACACACACUCACAGUCAUUCCAUGUGUAUAUAAACAUUCAGGAUUCUUGUUAGGGACUGUAACCGCUAAAAUAAAAAGGUAUCCAGCACCUGUCGUCGAUAUAAAACACUGUCGGAUAAUAAAGAGCACUUCAGGACAGUUUUCUACUGUAGUUCUUCUUCUGUGGCUGUGAAUGUUAAUUUUAAUACUACUAUGCUCAACUUUCCAAGUCACCGUGACAUGAGACUCUUUUUUUUUCUUUGUUUUUUUGGCCUUGAGAACACAAAAUGUAAAAUCUAAUAACAGAGUGGGAGGGCGGGGAAAAAAAGGAGAGAGUAACUUUCAGUCGAUAUCGUUUGCCCCGUGUAAUCUUUCAUUUAUUUAGGAGAAGUUUAAAAAAAGAAACGUUUUCCUUUCUAUUUUUUCUACAAUGCAGCUUAAAUCCAAAGGUUAAGAGGACGGCAAAGAUAGAUUUUACUGCUAAAGAAAAAACCUCAAUAGUGAAAACCAAAGAGCUCCACUGUAUCUUCUCACCUAGACUUUACUUUUCUCCGCAUUGUACGACUCCCCCUGUUUUUAUGGCUGUAAACUCCAAAAGUAUUCUUUAAUAUAGCCUGAUGAUGAUGGUGUCGGUGGUGGUGAACAUAAAAGAUGAGACGAACACCGCUCUGUAAGCUUUAGUAUCUGUUUUCUGGGGUCCUUCUUUCUGUUUUGAAGUAUGCUUACGAUAUGCUGUUUUUUGACCUCGAGGCUCUCUCUUGUCUGAGUUGAUUCUAUAACCUGAUUCUGUUGGAAACGUUUGGGUUUGAAACUGUUCUCUACUGUCCCUUAACUCAUCGCUAUCUGUGUGCCUGUUGUUUUGGGGGCCAGGGAAACGGGGACAAAACAAACCUGUAAGUGUUAGGAAUAAAGUGCGAAUUUAGACCAA